AUGGAAGGACAUAUGCCUCAAAUCCCCCUUCAUGCCUUGUUGGCAAUGAUCCAACGCUUCUCGUCAAUCGAAGUGGCCGACACCGCUCAAGCCACUUGGGAAAUAUACGACUACAUCAAAGCCAAUCCAAAAGUGGUGGAGUCGAUGACAAUAAGACAAGGAGAAAUCUGCGUUGAUAACGUUCGCUUCGAAGUCCAGUUCGGCCGAAAUAGACCUAUUGGAGAGCGGCGUAUGAAUUCGAACUGUUCGGUGCAACUUGUCCAACAAUCCCCUCACUGGAUUGUGCAAGUCAGCAGGGAGGCAUACGUCUGGAAGGCAACCCUCCAGUUGUUUGUCUACCUGCGGGACUUGUUCCGCCCAACAACUGUCCACUUCGAUCUCGAUGCCUUGGCCAUACACACCUUCGGUGUUCUCCUGCUCCACGACAAAAUCAGAGGAGGUUAUUCUUUGAGACUGUUGCAUGCCAGUGGCACCGAAUAUCACCCAGGAGACCUCCGAUUCGUCCUCAAGAAUGUCGAAGGCGUGCAGGUGGUCACAUAUCGCCCUCAUGCGAUGCCGCCAAUGGACUUGCUGGCAAACUUCUAUUGCGUGUACCUCCCAAACGUGUGCACGUGGAUCACUUGGGACCACAUUUGCUCGAUGAAUUGCCGAUUCUUGGAGAUCGGCAAGGGCAACCAGAACAGGAGCAUCUUCCGUGAAGGGUUGAAGAUUCUGGCAAAUUACUGGGUGGCAUCUGAUGAACUCAUGUCGUGGAAAGCCUUCUUUUUCCACGAUAUCGAGGAUCACGACGAUGGACUCGCGUGGGACAGAAAAAGACGCCCACGACACAUCCAGUAUACCGACCCGAGAACUGGCCGUCAGUACAACAUCGAUGCCGAGGAAGGUUGGGACUAUGUUCGAGACGACGGAACCAUUGCCACCGUCGUGAAAUGGAACGCUGAUGGGAGCCGCUCAAUAUGGCCCUGGGAUGAUGAUGUGGAUAUCACUGGCGGAUUGUUCUACGUCUGGGACGAAUGUGAGAUAUUGGGGGUGGAAUGCAAAUGUAAGAAUUAUUCGAAUUGGAAAUAA